AUGAACGCAGCCAAGUCCGGCGGCCGCAUGCUCGCGCGGCGCGGCGGCGCCCCGUUCCCCUGCCGCGGUGCCGCGUCCGCCGUGCCCGCGGCCGCCGCAACGACGCCCCAGCAGGUCUCCCACUACCUCGCGAGCAGCCCGAGGGUGACCUGGGAGGCGCUCUCCGCCUCGUUCCCCGCCGCCGCGGCGCCCGAGGGGCACGUCGACGCCGUGCUCCUCUCCCUCGCCAGGAACCCCAGCCCCUCCUCCGCCGAGACCAUCGCCAAGAACGCGCACAGCUUCUUCCACUGGUCCGCCGCCGCCUCGUCGCCGUCCCCCCACUCGCUCCGCUCCUACUGCCUCCUCGUCCACCUCCUCGCCCGCGCGGCCCUCAUCAGCCACGCCUCCGUCCUCCUCCAGUCCGCCAUCACCAGGCACUCCUCCUCGCCCGCUUCGCACUUCCUGGACGCCUUCUUCGCGGCCUACGAGGACAGCGGCACCGCCGCGACCACCCGCGGCCUCCACCUCCUGGUGCACGCCUACGCGCAGCUCCGCCUCCCGGAGGAGGCCCUCGAGGCCUGCCGGUACCUGGCGCUCCGCCGCGUGCUCCCCUCCCUCUCCGCCUUCAACGCCGUGCUGCACGCGGCGCAGCGCACCGGCCGGUUCCGGGUCGCCUGGGAGGUGUUCGAGCUAAUGACGCUCAAGCGGGUGUACGCCAGCCAGGCCACCAUCGAGCUUGUCGUCGGCGUGCUGAGCCGGGAGGGCGCACUUGCCAGGAUGGCGGCCCUCGUGGAGAGGAUCCACGGCAAGAAGUGCGCGCCGGGCGUCGUGGCGCACGUCGCGCUAGCGCUGUGGAUCUUCGAGGAGGGGAGGACAGAGGAAGGGAUCUUGCUCCUCAGGAGGAUGCUGCAGAGGAACAUGGUGUUCGAUGGCGUUGCUUACUCGCUGAUGGUGCAUGCCCACUGUCGUACUGGUGAUCUGGAGUCGGCACAAGAGCAGUGGGACGACAUGGUCCGACGAGGCUGUCGCCUGAACCCAUUUGUGUAUACUUGCCUCAUCGGAGUACAUUGCCGUGAAGGCAAUGUCAGUGAGGCCAUGCGGUUGCUGCAAGAAAUGCUGUCCAGGGGGUUGAAGCCGUAUGAUGCUACAUACAGUCACCUAGUCACCGGGUGUUUUAGACAUGAGAGGACAGAUGAGGGGUCGGAGUACUUUGACAAGAUGCUCCAUGAAGGCCUUGUGCCGGACAUUGGGACUUGCAAUGAGAUCUUAGAGGCGAUGUGUGGUGCUGGACAGGUCGGCAAGGCGAACGAGUUGGUGACGGCAAUGAUCGACAAAGGAACUAUUCCUGGUCAGGAUACAUACCGUAAGCUCAUUGAUGGGUACGGCAAGGUUGGUGAUGCGGAAGGUGUUGUCAAGAUUUAUUAUGAGAUGGAGCACAGGGGACUUAACCAUGGCAUUGAAGUUUUUACCUCCCUGAUCAGUGGCCUGUGCCGGUGUGGGAAUCCAAAGGAAGCUGAGAAAUUUGUGUCCGUGAUGGAAAGGAAAUCGCUGGCUCCGACUAGUGACAUAGGCGAUAUGCUGAUCAGCAGUUACUGUGAGAAGGGCAACACUAAGAGCGCACUUCGGUUAUAUGACAGGAUGACUGCACAGAGCGAGAAGCUAAUCCCCUCUGCGGAUACGUUUAUGAUGUUGGUGAGAAGAGUCAUCAAAGUAAAGACAUAG